AUGCCUUCAUUAUGGGCCGAAGUCAUUUCGCCAAAAAUCAAAACAUUACUAGGUAAAAAGAUGGAUAAUGAUAUUUAUAAUAAACAAAAUCAACAAUUACACCCUCAAGAUAUUUUAAAAAAUCAGGCUGAAAAAUGGCAAAUUUCUCUUACAAGUGAGCAGUUUGCUCGUAAACUUGAUGAAACUGAUCCACUACAACAUACACGAAAUGAAUUUUACGUUCCAAAAAUUGGUACUUUACCACAUGGUGAAUUUAUAGAUGCAGCUGAUAAAUCACAUACAGAUCCUGAUAAGGAUUGUAUUUAUUUUUGUGGACAUUCAUUAGGUUUACAACCAAAACGAGUACGAAAAUCAAUCGAUAAUUGGUUAAAAGAUUGGGCAGAAUUAGGAGUUCGGGGACAUGUUCAUGGUACAAAUCCAUUUGCAAAAUGUGAUUAUCCAUGUAUACCUGCAUUAAAAACACUUCUUGGUGCUACAGAUAAUGAAGUAGCCGUAAUGAAUCAACUUUCAAGUAAUAUUCAUUUUAUGAUGAUUUCAUUUUAUCGACCAACGAAAGAACGUUUUAAAAUUCUUUAUGAAGAUCGAGCAUUUCCUAGUGAUGAUUAUGCUAUUCAUUCACAAAUUCGAUUCCAUGGAUACGAUCCAACAGAAGCAGCAGUAUUACUGAAACCACGAGAAAAUGAAACUUAUAUUAGAACUGAAGAUAUACUUGAAUUACUUAAAGAACAAGGUCAAUCUAUUGCUCUUGUAUUACUUAGUGGUAUACAAUUUUAUACUGGACAAUUCUUCGAUAUAAAAACAAUUACUCAUGCUGCUCAGCAACAGGGAUGUGUUGCUGGUUGGGAUUUAGCACAUGCUGUUGGUAAUGUUCCAUUGCAAUUACAUGAUUGGAACGUCGAUUUUGCUGUUUUUUGUUCAUAUAAAUAUUUAAAUUCAGGUGCUGGAUGUGUUGGUGGUAUAUUUGUUCAUUCAAAUCAUUUUGAUAAACAAUAUCCACACUUAGAUGGUUGGUGGGGUAAUCGUUAUGAAACACGAUUUGAAAUGAGACCAGAAAUGGAUCGAGAUACUGGUGCAAAUGGUUUUCGAGUCAGUAAUCCAUCUAUUCAUCAAUGUGCAGUAUUCGCAGCAAGUCUUGAAAUUUUUGAAGAAGUCGGUAUAGAUAAAUUGAGAGCAAAAUCAAAAUUACUCACUCAAUAUUUGCAAUAUUUAAUUGAAAAUGAAAUAAAUCAGUCAUCUAAUAAUUUAAAGAUACAAUUUAUAACACCAUCUGAUCCUGAACAAAGAGGUGCACAACUUUCACUGCGUAUUAGUGGUGUUGAUGGUAAAAAAUUAUUUAAUGAACUUGAACGAUCUGGUGUUUGUUCAGAUCUUCGUGCUGAUGUUAUUCGUAUUGCACCUAUACCACUUUAUAAUACAUUUAUGGAUGUUUAUCAAUUUGUGUCAUUAUUAAAAACAAUUAAAAUUUAA